AUGCAUUUUGUAGAUAAAUUGUUUAACGUGCGACAAAUGUUACUAAAAUACCAUCAACUUAAUGAACAACAUACUAGCAUUAAUUUAUUAAGAGCAUUGCAAACUAUUAUAGAAGAAUGGUCACAAAUAAAUAAGGUUAUUUCGAAAAGAAAAAAUCUCGGAGCCAGUGAAGUACUUCUUGAAUUGAUGGUAAGGAUAGCCUCUCAUCCGGAUCAAUGGGAUCGUGUUCAUAAAUUAUUACAGACCAUUGAUCAAGAUCUAAGGGCUUCAAGAAAUGUAGUCGAACAUGUUCAGAGUCUAUCGACCUCAUCCGAUAUUCUUACGAACAACUUGGAAACAUCUACCUUUGGACCAACUUUGUCAACGAAAAAACAAAAUAUUAGCACUAACUAUAAUCGUACUCUCAAGAUUAAGAAGAAAUUGGAGGAAGAACUGCCUUGGCCCAAUUUUGACGAAAGUGACAAUAAUGUAAAAUUUGUAAAUAGUUCGUAUACGAAAUUAAAUGAAACCCAAAGUCAAAAUUUAAUGGAGAAAGCAAAAAACAAAACUAGCAAGUCUGCAUAUCCCAAGAAUUUUACAUAUCACCGAGUAACAGGCAAACCUGAUAGCACAAGCAAAAACCCAAAAGCCUACAUUGCUGUAUCCAUUAUUGCACCAAAGUCUGCUUCAAAAGACACCAACUCCAAACAAAGCGACGAAGAAGUAACAUUAGAAAAUGAGCUACACCAACUGAAGCCGUGGAGUCACGUCCAGAACCUCAAAAAUAUGGAAUCUAUAAGAUCUAAAUGGCAUGUGAAGAAAAAUCAGAAAAAGGGAAACUCAUAG